AUGCCUCCUUACCUGCUGAAACGAAGGCUGCGGCAUAUAAGAUCGAUUAAACUGAGUAAUAUCGCGAUCAGCGAAGCUAAUUCAAUUACGGAACACUUCCAAUUACUAUCAUGCUUCAUCACCCUGGAGUCGCACAAAGGUCAGCUGUUAUACGUGAGUGAACUACAAGAAGCAUCUAUGAAUAUGAUUCAAUUCAAUGAACUCCCAAAACAGGAUAAUCCUAUCACAAGUUUUCUAUUAAAGAUAUUGAUAAGUGCACCUGAUAAUCCCAAUUCAUCACCAUUAGAUGUGCCAGCAGACAAUGAGAAGAUGUGGAUCUUCUUCCGUAAAUACAAUGUGGAUUUGAACAAAUUGAGACGAAUGGAACAAGAUGAAAUGGUAGAAAAUUGCAAUUACCCCAUUUUUGAAAUAGUAGAUGGACUCUAUGUGUUACCAGAUGCUUUGACAGUUUCCAUGGCGCCGGCAUCAGGUCUACAUAGGAGAACGCCAUCUAAUUACAAAGUGAAGCAAUCAUUCUCAUUUAACUCAGUAUUAAAGCUAACUAUGAUAACUGAAUAUAUGCGACAGAUUAAAGAUGAAACGGAAUUUACCUCACAUAGAUUAGAUAAGUUGAUGCGUUCUGUGCAUAAGGAAACAGAUAGGAUUAUCAAAGUCAUUAAAAACUCUAACGAGGAAUUGAAAAAAAAUAUAGAAAGAAAGAAAGAGUCAAAGAAGAAUAUCAACGAAAGUUUCCGCUCGCCGAAACACGCCAGGCAAUCAUCUUUGGUUUCGCAACACCCAUCAUUGAAUGAUUACUAUGGCAAUACCUAUUCCGAUUUUAUUCAGGUUAAAAAUCGUUUAGAGCUUAUAAGAAGCAAAAAAGUCAAUCAGCUGAUUUCUGUUUUCCAAGGUACUGUUCUGUUUGAUCCAGAGGUAGGAUUUCUAGAGCUCAGAGAUUCCCCUUCGUCUUCUGUAUACGAUAAAAUCAAAUUGAAGCUUUUGGACGAAGAGUGCAUUUUGUCUUUAGCGUCAAAAUCAGAAGUUGAAAGAUAUGCUACCAAUGCAUCACUCGGUUAUUAUUUGCUUUUUAUUCUUUUGAUGGCAAAUGAGGUUUUUGAAGUACCCUUGCCGUAUUCACUGCACUUUUAUGGAAGCACAUCAAUAGUGGAAACUAACCAUCCUCUGUAUUUAGAAAAUUCAAUCGCCCUGAAAAACCUCGAAAAUUUUUCAAAAGCUGUAAGUUAUUUCAACAGAGACAUAGUUCAAAUUAUUCAAAAUUUGGAACUCCGCCAGACACUAUAG